AUGGACACGCGCUGCCCGGGCAACACCCUCCUCGGAGUCGCCUUUCUUCGGGACUGGCGGUGGAUAAUCAACACCCGGGGGUACGCCACGAUCGUGCCCUCCCCGGACUCCGUCGUGUACGCGCUGCUGUACACGCUCACCGCCGCGGACGAGGCCGCGCUCGACCGCCACGAGGGCGUCCCGCGGUCGUACGUAAAGCAGACGCACCCCGUCACGCUCGUCGGCCCCGACGGGUCACACAGCACCACCCUCGACGCGCUCGUGUAUGUCGAUGUGCAGCGCACGCAAGAGGGCCCGCCGAAGCCCGAGCCGGUGGAGGCGGGGGCGUUGGCGGCGGCGUUGGGAAGGCUGGGGUGA